CAUUAUUCGAUACCCAUCCCAUGGCCAUCACUAUUCACUAUAAAGUUGAUAUUACUAAUUUUGCUAAUAAAAACAUAAAUAUUACUGCUGAUUCAAAUGGAAUGUUUUUAUUAAUAUAUGUAAAAGAAUAUUAUAAAAGCAAAAGUAAUAAUUUUUAAAUUGCUUAUCAAUAUAUGGUUUCUUGUUGUUUUUACGCUUCAGGUAAAACGUAACCUAUUUGAUAUUUGUUUGUACACUGCAACUGUAAGAAAAAAUUUGUGAAUUUUUUUAUUAUAUCCGCAUUUGGAAAUUAGUUCAACCACGUCCAACGUUAAAUAAAACAUUUUCAAUGAACAGCAUUGGUGAAUCGUGUAAUGAAUUAAAAAAGGAGUAUGACUCCUGUUUUCAUGCUUGGUUUUCCAACAAAUUUCUCAAGGGUGAUACAAAUGAGUCGAUGUGUGAACCUUUAUUUAAAAUUUAUCAACAAUGUGUUAAGAAUGCAAUGAAGGAGCAUAAAAUAGAAUUAAAAGAAAUAGAAGAAAAUCAUAUAGAGGAAAAGAACAAAGGCCAAAGUGAAAGUUGACAAGAUGACAAAAAUAGCUUAUCAAUAAAAUGGUUGAAGAAAUUUGCCUGUAACUCCUGCACCUCACUACGGAAAGAGAUUGAAUCUUCCAAGUUCCUUAAAAUUCAAAACGAUGAGUACAAAUAUUUGAAAGGUUCUCGGGAUUCUGUUUGAUUCUCAUCCUUUUGUAAAUAUAUAAAGUAACGGAUUUUUUUACUCGGUUAUGAGAUUAAACAUUUUUUUCUGCUUAGCAAAGAGGUCAAUUUAUAAUGUGAAUUUUUCGUGUUUUUUGUGAUCCAAAGAACUACAGGUUAGUUUAAUUGAAAGUAUAUUCAUGUUAUAUUAUACUUUAUUCUGUUAAAAAGCGUGCCAAUAAAACAAACAAUUUUAUGCUCAAAUAAUAAAGUUUGAUUUUGAUUGAAACUUGUAAA